AUGCGCAGGAGCGACAGCACUGCUGUGAGGUUUGUCAGACCGGUGCAGUCUCUUGGAGCAGGACCCUGCAAGAUCUUACAACAGCAACUGGAAUCAUUUCAAACUCUUCAACAGCAAACUUUAGAGAAUGUAAGCAUGGUUCAAUCUGAAAUUCAUGAUAUACUUAAUAAAAAUCUAACUGAUAUGAAAAGUCCAGACAAUUUACUUUUUCCCACCACAUCUAUCAACAUUACUACGCCAAGAGAAUAUCAAGAAGCUCUUUAUUUUAAGAAGCAGCUUCAUCCUGAUAAGAAAUCUGAUACCAGUCAUGGUUCAGAAAACAAGUUCAGCUCUGAAUUUAAAAACAGGAUUCUAAACAAAUACAAAGCCACUGGACUAUCAGAAAACCAUACCCAAGAAUCUAGGAACAAAGCUGUUCUCUCUUUAAAUAAUGAUGAUGACAUUAAGAAUUUUGCCAACAGCACUUUUUCUCCAUCAUACAUUGGUUUGGGCUCAGAAAAGAUGCCACAUCUUAGAUUAUUAAAAAAAUACAAUGAACACAAACCCUCCACAGUAUUCAAUAACUAUGAAGGAGAAGAAUCUUUAUCAGGCAAUGUAAGUCCUUUCAAAGAUUUAAGAGAGGAAGAUAAAAAGGCUAGUAGACAUGAAUUGUCACAUAUCCUUGAACUUCCGAACUCUAACAAUGUCUGUGGCAAAGACAAUGAUUCUGGUUAUUUAUCAGAACAGGAUUUAAUAGAAAAAAUAGUAGAUAUGUCAAAUUAUGAUUUUAAAUUGAGGUUUUCAGAACUGGGAGGUUCAACAGAUGAGUUUCAAACAGUCACUGCCUCAUCUUCAGAAAAUUAUCAAAGUACAUUGAAAACAGCAGGCAAGGACAAAUAUAAGAAUAAAGAACAUCUCAUGAAAGAUAGUGCAACUGACAAAUUGCAGAUAAAUCUGUUCUCCAAAGUGCUAAAAAAAAAUGAAACACAGCUGCUUAAGUCAAAUCAAGAGUUCCAAAAUUAUAUGGAUCUGGAAUUUUCUGAUAUAAAUUCUGUGCCUGAUGAUUAUGCUGAAAGCCGUAGACUUUUACACUUGCCAUUGGGAGAGUCUGACCAUUGUCAGAAAAAAGAGAUGAUUCUACAUGAAGACAUGAAGAUUCAAAUGAAACCUCUUGCUGAUGUUAUACAGUGUCUGACAGAGCAAAAUUCAAAAUAUCAGAAUCAAAUUAAGGAAUUGCAUGAUGAGAAUAAUAACCUUCAAGGGAAAUUAGUUAAAUCAGAUGGAGACAGCAAGGAAUGCCUGAAAGAAUUAAAGCGAUUACUGAAGAAAUGCAAAGAACUUCAACAGCAAAAGUUAGCACUGGAAGAAAAGCAGGAUCAGCUAUAUGAUCAAAAUCAGCGGAUAAUGAGAGAUGUAAAUUAUUUUCAGAAGAAAGAUCAAAAAGCCCAGGAAAGUUUGGCUAUUUUCUCAAAAGAAAAAAGUAAUCUCAUUGCAACCUUAGAAUCUUUUGAAAAUAAAGUUUUAGUACUUCAAGAAGAAAAAAAGAUUUUGGGAGAUGAAAUCUGCCAACUUAAAGAAGAAAAACAAUUGUUAGGAAAAGAGCUUGGACAAAAACAGAAUGAGAUACAAAAAAUGAAAGAAAAUGAGAAGAUUGCCGUAUCAGAUAUGGAAGCUGUUCUUAGGAUGUUACAGUCAUUUAAAGAUGAAAAACUGAAUUGUGAUAAAACAUUACAUGUGGCACUGAGUUCCCAAAAAGUGCUGGAGAAAGAACUCCAGGAUGCCCAGACAGACAGAGCUCAAGUUGAGGAAAAGCUUCUAACAGAACGUAAAAAUGCAAAAAUAGAAAAUGGAGUUUUGAAAACUACUUUAUCCAAUACUGAAAGAGAAUGUGACCGACUAAGAACCAUGAUAAAUACCAUUACAGAAGACAACAAGGUUCUCAAGAAGCAGCUGAAUGAAUUUAAACAGGAAACUUAUGAAUGUAAGCAUAAAAUAAGGCAACUGAGUGAAACGCUCUUACUAAAAGAAAAUGUAACACGUUCUGUAGAGAAUGAAAGAGAUGCACUGAGGUUUGAAGCACAGCGUCUUCAAAAGAACAAUGCUAACCUCAAAGAGCAAGUUACUACUCUGGCCAAUGAACAAUAUAAGCAAGAGUGCAAAUCUAGAAGCCAAAAGAAAAAUGAUUUCUCUCUAGAUUCUACUCAAAUCUGUGAAGAAAUAUCUAGGUAUCAACAUAUUUCUUUAAUGCGCGAUCUACCAGAGUAUGGAGAGAUUGCUGAAAUCCAAACGACGCUGGAAGAAGAACUCAGUAUAAAGACAAGUCACGGCAAAGUCAAGAAUCACUAUAGUACUUUUACAAUCAGCUGUUCCAGUGCCAUUACUGGUGACUUGGACUUUCCUGUUAUUGUGUGGAAGAAAUGCAGUAUUUUUUGCUCUGCUCCUUAAUGCUUUAAAAUUCUGAACAAAGACAUUAAGAAAGAAAUAUAUUUCUGACUGUUCAAUUUAAGAAUUCAACUCAAGACUAUUGGAUUAAGAAAAACUAUUGGAUUAACUAUCAUAAAUUAAACAAUCACAGAAGCAGAAAUUAAUCCGUGAUUUUAGAUUGGUAAGAGUACCUCAUUCAUGUAUGUAUAUAUACAAUAGAAUACAAUAGAAGUAAUAGCAUUUCUGACAAAAUUGAAAUUCAACUAAUGUAUUAAAAUUUAA